CACAAGAGAAAUAUUAAGAUGAAAUAUUUCAAUAAGAAUGCUACUGAUGAAGAUAUGCUACAAAAUCGUCCGAAUGAGAUACCAGAAGUUCAAUUCCGCCAAUUGAUUGAGUAUUGGAAGGAUUUAGAUGUCCAAGCCAUGUGCCAAUUAAAUUCUGAAAACAGGAAAAAACCAAAGUGGAGGCAUCGAAUGGGACCUAUUAAUUUUGGAAGAAUACGCGUAGCAUUGCGUGCAACCAAAGAGAACAACGAGGAACCAUCAAAGUCCGAAAUGUUUAUUGCAACUCGUACAAAGAAAGGAAAAGAAGUUCAUACAGAUUCUCAAGUUGCAAUAAAUCGUCAAAGUUCCUGAGAGACAGCAGAUGAUGCAUUUAGGGCUGUGUUUGGAAAGGAGCAGCCUGGUCGGGUUAGAUGCUAUGGUAGAAUCGGUAACGACAAGCUCUCUGAAAAAAGAUGAAGAAAUCACCAAGCUUAAACAAAAGCAUGCCAAUGAAAU